AUGGUUCGAAUACGAAGAAAAUUUGUAUUAAUCCUUUCCGGAGUAACACUUUUGAUAUUUCUGGUCCUCUACAUUGUACUGAAUUAUUCAAUCUCCGAUCGCGCGAAUCCGGAUCUAACGUAUCUGGAAAAUAAAAUAAAACAGCUCGAAAACGGGCUGAGUAAACAUCACAACGAGUUUGGUGAUAUACGUAAACAAAUCGACACUAUUCGGGGUGCGGUCGACGCCGGUGAUGAGGCGUACGGUGAAGGCGGCAAGGCCGGACCACUGUUGGGCGAUCGUGAGAUGAUGAAGGAAUCGGUCAUCAAUGCUAAUGGUGGUGGGCCGGGGACGUGCCCUUUGCGUGCGGACAUCGUUCCCCGACCGGACAUUCAAAUGCUGAACCUGUACGAGGAAGUUUCGUUCGAAAACACCGACGGAGGUGCAUGGAAACAAGGCUGGUCGAUCAAAUAUAACCCUAGCCAAUGGAACGAACACCAUAAGCUGAACGUAUUUGUCGUGCCACACAGCCACAACGAUCCUGGCUGGAUACAAACGUUUGCUGAAUACUACGAACGGGCCACGAAGGCAAUCUUUACCAAUAUGCUGCGGCACCUGGAUGAAAACCCCGCGCUCCGGUUCAUUUGGGCGGAAAUAAGUUAUUUCGCUUACUGGUACGAUCAAUUGAAGGCGGAACAGAAGGAGAUUGUGAAACGGUUGGUGAGAAAAGGUCAGCUAGAGUUCGUCACCGGUGGGUGGGUGAUGGCGGACGAGGCCAAUUCACACUGGUACGCGGUACUGCUGCAGCUGACCGAGGGACAAACGUGGCUGAAAACGCACCUAAAUGUAACACCUGUUUCAAGCUGGUCGAUCGAUCCAUUUGGCCAGUCGGCCACGAUGCCCUACCUGUUGAAACUGUCCGGUUUCGAAAAUCUGCUAAUCCAGCGGACGCACUACAUUGUCAAAAAGAAUCUGGCGCAAAACAAGCAGCUCGAGUUCCGAUGGCGCCAACUGUGGGACACACGGGGCGAUACGGAUCUCUUUACCCACAUGAUGCCGUUCUAUUCUUACGACGUUCCCCAUACCUGCGGCCCCGAUCCAAAGGUGUGCUGCCAGUUUGAUUUUAAACGCCUGCCCCAUAGUGGCGUUAACUGUCCUUGGCAGGUGCCGCCGCGCCCCAUAACGGAGCAGAACGUGGCCGAGCGGGCUGAAGCGAUUGUGGACCAGUGGCGUAAAAAGUCGGUCCUUUAUCGGACCCGCAAUGUGCUCGUUCCCCUUGGGGAUGACUUCCGCUACACAACCAGCAGCGAGUGGGAAGCACAGCGUGUCAACUACGAGCGACUGUUUGAGUACAUCAACAACGAGCCGUCGCUGAACGUAAAAGCUCGGUUUGCUACACUGCAGGAUUACUUCGAUGCGGUCCGAGCGUCAUCAACCACUAUGCAACCAUUUCCGUCGCUUUCGGGAGAUUUCUUCACAUACUGUGACGUGAACCAAGACUACUGGAGUGGCUACUACACGUCUCGCCCCUUCCACAAGCGGCAGGAUCGCAUCCUACUGCACUACAUUCGUUCGGCAGAGAUGCUGCACGCCUGGAGUAACUGGGAACCGUCCUCGGAUUGGACGUUGCUUGAGAAGCGGUUGGAGUACGCUCGUCAACAACUGGCGCUGUUUCAGCACCACGAUGGUAUCACCGGCACGGCGAAAGACCACGUCGUAGAAGACUACGCCCAACGUAUGGCGCGUGCCAUUGAUGAGUGCAAAUUUGUGAUGCAGCAAGCCACGUACCGACUGCUGACGAAACCAUCCGUCUAUCAACCAGACCCGGCAUUUCCGUAUCUUUCGAUCGAUGAUUCGCGCCCUGUGAGCGGUUCCGACAGCAGCCGGCCUACGAUCAUUGUGGGCGAAGAGCUACCGACGAAACAGAUCGUGUUGCACAACUCGCUGCCACAGAUGCGUUCCGAAAUUGUCGAGUUCUACGUUUCUACCCCUUUCGUGAUGGUUCGCGACGGUAAAGGAGAAACCGUCGUUCCCUGUCAAAUUGCUCCCGUUUGGUCAUGGCAUACACGCCCCGAUGGCGUCAGUCAACCGCAGCCUUCCAACACGAAAUUUCGGCUGCUCUUCCGAGCAACCGUUCCGCCGCUCGGUAUGAGCGUCUAUACCAUCAAUUUCCGCAAUUCUGCCACGGAAUCCUCGAGUGUAACUUAUUCGAAGGUAAGUAUUCUGUCCAAGGCACCGUUCACCGCGAACCUUGCGAGCGGUUAUCCGGAGGAUAUUGAGUUUGCGGUCCCACGUGAAGUCUCGUUACGCGUCGACGAGAACAGUUUACCUGGUGCCGCCUUCACCUCGAAGGGCAUGCUGAAAUCGAUCACAAUCGAGAACAAUCAGGCCACGAUUCCGGUGCAUCUCGAGUUCUAUCGUUACGGAAUGCAGCUGAGCUCCGGCAAGAGUGGGGCCUAUCUCUUCCAUCCAGCUGGCAACGCUACACGAAUGACGUACGAACAUCCGAUUGUAUUGGUUUUAAGGGGACCGCUUGAAGCGAGUGUAACCGCCGGUCUACCAUUUGUCACACAUCACACCAUCCUUCGAGACAAUGUGCUCGAGAUACGAAACUUGGUCGAUAUCGGGCGUCGCGAAAAUACGGAAAUUAUUAUGCGCCUGCAGACAAACAUUGCCAGCGGUAGCACCUUCUACACCGAUCUGAAUGCAAUGCAGAUGAUCAAACGGAAACGGUUUCAAAAGCUACCACUGCAAGCCAACUACUACCCUGUACCUUCGGCCAUGUUCAUUGAGGAUGAAAAUUACCGACUUACCUUACUAAGCGGCCAGCCACUCGGCGGAUCGUCGCUAAGUUCUGGUGAAUUGGAAAUCAUGCAAGAUCGACAGCUAACGCGUGACGACGAUCGUGGCCUGGGGCAGGGCGUACAGGACAAUCUACCGGUGUUGCACCUGUUCCGGCUGGUGCUUGAGGCGCGGGAAUCGUGUACAAGACCCGAUCCGGAGUACGCAGCUGGGUUUUUGUCCCCAGCAGCCUACGGUCAGAUGCACAGCUUGCUCCAUCCACUCGAUAAGCUGAUAUUCAAUGAAAACAUUUGGACGGGACUGGUGAACGAGGGCUUCGGCGGCCGACACGAACCACUAGAACCAGGCAUGGAGAUUGUCGCAAUGCGCAGCUUGCCGCACGUCCGCUUUGGUCGAGAUGACCAUCCCAGAGCACCGCCGGCAUCGACAACGGUUCCGAUUGGGCUCGUUAUUCAUCGGACGAACUUCGACGAUUGUGCCUCGGAAGCCAACGCGGAAGGCAUGUUGAACAUUAAAAAGCUGCUAAACUUGGCCGAAGGGCAUGAUGUCUUCACUGCAUUGCUGACGUUGCUGAAACCUCAGGAGCCGAUGGCAUCGGAAGAUGUCAGUUUCUGUCCGAUGGACAUUAAAGCAUUCAUUGUGAAACGAUAGAAACAUUCACAUAAAUGAUUCAUUUACGCAAAAAAAAUUAAAUUUAAGCACGCUGUAGCAAAAAUGUAUGUAAAAGGUGCGUAAUCAAAUGUACAAUGAGGUUUUCUUUACGAAGGAAAAGCCAAACUUAUUUAUUUAUGUCUUGUCCUAUUUCGUGAGCAAAGUGGUACUCUCACAUUGGGCACAAUUCGUAUGCUGUAAGCGUGUGAUAAUUAUUUUCUAAGCCGAAGUAUAAUCGGUGACAUGGGUUGCAUAGGAUAGGCAUUUCAAAGAACAUGUUUGAUUUAAAUCUAAUAUGGCUUUAAAUCAUUGAGGCUUGAUUUAAAUUAAAAAUACCAUGAACUUUGUUUAAAAAAAUAUAAAUAAACAACUUAAAGUGGAGUUUCGAAUCCGGGCGUGAAUUU